AUGCAGUGCUCUGCCAAUGCACGAGAGAUCCCGCCCAUUCCCUCGUACGACGAGGCCGUGAUAGCCCCUCCACCCCCGGCCGCCCCAGCCCCAGCCCCCGCCCCCGCCGUUGUUCCCCCCUCUCCGCCGCCAGAACUCCCGCCCGCAUAUGCCGUCGUGGACGAAAAGGCCACGACCUUUGCCAUCUUCGGGACUUUCAUCCACACCCCCAACGCCCCCGCCUACCAGCUCUCGUCGCUGCUCGAUGCCUGCAUCAACAAGCUGCGCAUCCGCCGCCUGCGCGCCGAAGAAGUCACGCUGCUCCAGGCCGGCGCCCCCAGCGUUGCCUUCACCGACCGCGGCCUUCUCUAUGAAGCUCACGACCCGCCGUUUGUCGUGAAUGAGUACUACAUCCAAGGAAAAGCCGCCAACACGCUGCCCGGCGUCCUCCAGAUGCGCUUUGGUCUGCGCCGCUGGCACGUUGCCCACCUACCCACCCAGGGCAGCCGACCAAACGAGAUCAUGACGUGCGGCAAGGUCGGCGGCUUCACCAAGGCAAUUAAGCAGCGCAAGAACGAAAUGGAGCCUAGCGUGUGGAAGGACUCGGAGGGCAACGUCGUGGCGACCGAAGUCAUGAAGAUGGGCUACGGAGGCAAGAUGCCGACAAUUGAACUGCGAGAUCACCUAGACCAGACAUGCAGAGAACUGAUACUCGCCCUCUGGGUCACUCGACUGUGGGCGGCAUUCGGCGCGGGAAGUGGAUACAUGACCUGA